GUUUCUGGGUGCGUUCAGUCGCCAAGUGGGUGUGGUUUUAUGUACGCGCUGCUCGUUCCCGCAGAUGCUGCAAGAUGGCGGCGGAUAGAUUCUCCCGGUUUAACGAGGACCGAGACUUCCAGGGUAACCACUUUGACCAGUAUGAAGAUGGACAUCUGGAGAUAGAACAAGCUUCUCUGGACAAGCCAAUUGAAUCGGAUAACAUCGGACACCGCUUACUGCAGAAGCAUGGCUGGAAACUUGGCCAGGGCCUGGGGAAAACGUCACAGGGUAGAACAGAUCCGAUCCCAAUUGUGGUCAAAUAUGACGUCAUGGGAAUGGGACGCAUGGAGAUGGAGUUGGAUUAUGCAGAAGAUGCUACGGAACGUCGACGUGUUUUAGAAGUGGAAAAAGAAGACACGGAGGAGCUGAGACAAAAAUAUAAGGAAUUUGUGGACAAAGAGAAGGCCAUCGCCAAAGCGUUGGAGGAGCUACGGGCAAAUUUCUACUGUGAGCUGUGUGACAAGCAGUAUCAGAAACAUCAAGAGUUUGACAACCACAUCAACUCGUAUGACCACGCGCACAAACAGCGGCUGAAGGACCUGAAGCAAAGAGAGUUUGCCCGUAAUGUGUCCUCCCGUUCUCGGAAGGAUGAGCGAAAGCAGGAGAAAGCCAUGCGUCGUCUGCUUGAACUUGCAGAACAGAGGAAACAAGCAGAAAACAGUGCUCCUGGCAGUGGACCAAUGUUCAAAGCUACCACCAUUGCUGUGGAUGAAGAAGGCUUCGAAGAUGAAGAUACACCCAGUGGUUUCAGUUCUGUAGCCCAAGACAGUCCCAAAUCUGUAACGGAAGAUAGGAUUCCUCAACCUUCCACCUCUGUCCCCACUCCACCUAUUGCCCCAGCAAUUAGCUUUGGCUUUAAAAGCUCAGCUAAUGCCCCAUCCCUUCAGAAGGUGGGUUUUUCAUUUUCCUUCGCCAAAAAGACUCCGCUAAAGUUAGAGUCUUCGGCUGCUGUAUUUAAAGAUGUUGGUGAGGAGGUGGGGUCUGCGGAGGAGGAAAAGGAGGAGGAUAAAGCCCCAGCUGAACUUGUUAACACAUUCAAGGCUGUUGAGGGAGAGAACAGUACAGGAAGUGACAGCAAGGCGGAGGAGGAGGAAAAUCAAGGAGACAAUGGCGCCUCCCUGGCAAGCACUUUAUCCAAACUGAAAAAGAUGAAGCGUGAAGAAAGAGGGGGGCAGGCAGGGGAGCCAGAGUAUUAUCACUACAUGCCACCUGCCCACUGUAAGGUCAAGCCAAACUUCCAGUUCUUGCUCUUCAUGAGGUCUACAGAGCAGACUCAGACAGAAAAUCAGCCUCCAAAAGAAGAGAAAAAACAAACUGCACCGAGCAAGACCAAAAGUGGAAGAGCAACCGAAAAUAAAGUAGAGAAAGUGACAGUUGUUGAGAACAAAGCAGGAGGAUCCCAAUCGAAGGAAAAAAGUGCCUCUCCAAGGGUUCCUAAAACAGAGAUAAAGGCCACCGCUGCAGAUGAAGACAAACCAGUUGCUGCUUCAAGUGGAGAACCUAAAAAGGAACCAGCCAUACCUGGUAAGGAGCAAUCAGAGGGGCCGAAAAAUGCAACGGGACCUUUUUUUCAAGUGCUGAGCAAGGACGAGAGCACAGUUUUGCAGUGGCCCUCUGAGCUCUUGAUAUUUACACAGGCUGAGCCAUCUGUCUCCUACAGCUGCAACCCUUUAUAUUUUGACUUCAAGCUUUCUCGGAACAAAGAUGCAAAAGGCAAGGUUGUUGAUAAACCAAAGGACAACCAGGGGCCUAGUAAGGACAGCGUAUCUGGUCCUGAGCCAUCUAAACCCAUUGAUUACACUGGUGUAAAGAAAGAAGUGAUGCAUACAUGUGGGAUCCAGCCCAAAGCUUGCAGUGCCCUUACUGGAGACAGCAAGCCUGAAACCCCUGAAGAGGAGAAUAAAGGAGAAAUAGCUGGAAAGGCACGCAAGCAUAAGAAGAAAAAAAAGCACAAGAAAAGCAGCAAGCGGAAGCGAAAACACAAAGAUGGAGAAGAGGAGGAGGGACAGAAGUCCAAAAAAAGGAAGAAGCAUAAUAAGCACAAGAAAUCUAAAAGUGCUUCCAAAGCUAUGAAAGUUGAAGAGAUGGAAUCUGGAAUAUCUACUGCAGGGGGAGCCCGUAUCAGAGACUCUACACAGAAGAUGUCAUUGAGCAAAGAGGAGACUGGAGCUUCAGGUAAUAAAAACCCUAAACAGGAGAUAUCUACCUCCAAAGAGCCUGAGAACAAGAAGCCCAAAGUAGAACCCAAGCCAGCACCAUUACACCCCUCACCAGCUGCUCCAUCUUCUUCCUCCGUUUCACAUAGACGCACACCUACCAAAGCCAGGAGCCGGCAAAGUAGCCGAGACUAUGACAGUGAGGAUGACGGGUCCCCAAGCAGAAAGAAAUCAACGUCACGAUAUAGUGAUGACUAUGAUUCUACCACUGAUCACUCCAGAAGCCGGUCACGAUCAGGAAAGAGGCGGCGAUCCUACUCCUCAAGUUCUGGUGGCUCUUCUGACCAAAGUAGUUAUAGCCGCAACCGAAGUUAUUCAGAUAGUGACUACAGUGAUUAUAGUAGUAGAUCAAGGAGGAGAUCCAAGCGAUCACCUGGUUCAGACUCUGACUCUGGAGCCUCAAAGAGCCAUUCCACAAGACACAAAUAUUCGUCUUCCGAUUACAGCCGGAGCAGGUCUAGAAGUAGAAGCCGAUCCAGAGGUAGUAGGAGCCGGGGUCGAGGGAGAUCAAGCAGUAGCAGCCGCAGUCGCAGCAAGCGAAGGAGCCGCAGCCUAACGGGUCACAGUUGGAAGCGUAGCAGGAGCUACAGCAGGGACCGAAGUACGAGUGCUCGCAGCCGUUCUGGGAAGGGAUCUCAUGGGCGAGAUAGUGUGGACAGCCGCAGAGGUAGCAGACGGGAUUUUAACCGUUCCAAAAUCUACCGUUCACAGUCCCCUCAUUACACUCGCUCAGGCAGCAGAAGAGAAGGGAGUCGGGGUUCUGAGCCAAGAGGUUCCAGUGCCUCUAUUACUUCACGCAGGAACACUGAUAUCGAUGUAGGCAGGUGUUCCUUAACAGCCAAGCAGUUACUGGAAAAAAUUCAGUCAAGGAGGUUGGAAAAAGCAGGUGGAACCGGAGUUGACUGCAGUAGUAAUAGCAAGGCUGGAGGGAAAGUAAAAGACCCACCUCAGGGAUACUUUGGCCCCAAACUACCCCCUGUUCUUGGCACCAAGUCUCAGCUGCCCAUGAUUGGAAAACUGCUAGCUGCGAGUAAAGUUGGAGGGCCAUGUAAAGCAGAGAACGAGGCAGGACAGGUGCUGGAGACGGUGGAUGUGCAACAGGAGCAGGAAUCAAAAGCAUCACAUGAAGAUGACACUGUGAUAUCAGAACCUUCUGAAACUCCUGCACAACAGAUUGCUCCGGAAGGCCCCACUUGCUUUCAGCCCUCUCUCCCAGGGAUUGCUGAGGGGCCUGGGUCACAUCCUCUGGGUAAUGGAAGUUUGCCCUUCCCACCACAUGGGGCACUUAUACCCCCUCCAGCUGAUGGUGAGUUCUUACACCCAACAACCUACACACCACUCACACCAGUAGAUCCAGGUGCUGUCCGGGCAGAAGGAGAAGAGGAAGAAGAGGACGAUGAGGAAGAGGAGGAUGAUGGAUCUUUGGCUCCUUUAGAGAGUCAGCCUAUCACCUUCACCCCAGAGGAGAUGGAGAAGUACAGCAAGUUACAGCAGGCAGCCCAGCAACAUAUUCAGCAGCAACUAAUGGCAAAGCAGGUAAAAAGUUUUCCUGCUGGAGCUGUCCCCCAAUCUAUACAACCUGCCACGCCAGCCCUGCAGCAGAUUCACAUCCAGCAAGCCCCACCUCCUGCAUCAGCCACAUCUAUCACCACCGUCCAGCAUGCCAUACUACAGCAUGCUGCUGCCGCAGCAGCUAUUGGUAUCCAACCUCACCCGCAACCUUUAGCUCAGAUGCACCAAUUCCACCAACCACACUUGGCUCCCAUCUCCCUGUCUCACCUUACUCACUCCCUCAUCCCUGCCCAUCCUGCAGCCUUCCUCGCUAGCCACCCAAUCCACAUUAUCCCAGCUUCCGCCCUCCAUCAUACAGGGCCUCUCACCCUUCACCAUGUCCCGCAUGCACUUUAUCCAACAUUGCUUGCUCCUAGGCCAGCCAGUGCUGCAGCAGCUACAGCACUGCACCUACACCCCCUGCUUCACCCUAUAUUCUCAGGCCAGGACCUACAACACCCACCGAGCCAUGGAACAUGAGAACUCAAUAUCAUCACCCUUCCCCUGGAAAGCUUACCAGACAGAUGGGCAUUGAAGUCUGCCCAGGUGCACCUGGUUUCCAUUCACAAAACCGAGUGACGAGUAUUUUUACAGACACUCUUCCAGAAUGAGAAGACACUGUAGGAUAUUUCUGACCUUCUAGUCCUACUAAGAAACAAACUUCAUCUGCACCAGUUUUUUCUUUAUAUUUUAAGGGAAGAACUAUUUUUGACACUAGGACCUGGGUUUCAGACAGAGCCCUCUAAUCAGGAGGUCUUUUAACAUGGCAAAUUUAAAGUGGCCCCCUUUUUUCUUUUUAUGUACACACGCACACCACUGAAAAUGCCCUAGAAUGUUGUCUGCGCAAAAAUUAAACACCCUGCCCGUUACCCCCCCUCCUCCACUGCCCCCCUGCAACAGAAAGAUGUCAACAGACCGAAACAUGUUGGAGGACGUUAUGGUGGGAAGGGACACCCCACUGCAUCUGCACUCUGUAUAUUUGUUUUUCCUUGCUGUAGUUGUACUAUAAUGUACUUCUGAAAUGCAAAACUUUAUAGUUUUCAGCUAGUUUGCAAAAAAAAAAAAAAAAAUCUGCUGCUGUGGCAUGUAUAUUUUAUCAAA